AGCCCCUCUAAACGGUGCUGCUGGUCUGGUGUGGGUGGCAUGCGGCGCAGAGAUAGCAGCAGCCCUCUCUGUCAUCCCCACGUGCCCAAUCCCUUCUUUCCGCUUGCUCCUCCCCCCCCUCUCUAUCCCACCCCUCUCCCUCCUCUUCCAGAGCCCCUCUAAACGAGCCCCUCUAAACGGUGCUGCUGGUCUGGUGUGGGUGGCAUGCGGCGCAGAGAUAGCAGCAGCCCUCUCUGUCAUCCCCACGUGCCCAAUCCCUUCUUUCCGCUUGCUCCUCCCCCCCCCCUCUCUAUCCCACCCCUCUCCCUCCUCUUCCAGAGCCCCUCUAAACGAGCCCCUGUUCAUGCCAUCCGUUGGUUCUUCUCCCACACUCCCCUUCUCCCGCCCCCCGUUUAACUCCCGCCCUCCUCUUCUCUCCCGCCACCCCCUUCUCUCCCGCCCUCCCUUCCUCUACCGCCCUCCCCUUCUCUCCCGCCCUCCCCUUCUCUCCCGCCCUCCCCCUAUCUCCCGCCCACCCCUACUCUCCCGCCCUCUCGCCAUUCAUUCCCCCCCGCCCUCGAUGAGGGAAACAGUGGGUCAGCUCGUGGGGAAACAACAGAGACGGGCUCCCGUUUGCCAACGGCCGAUUGACCAGGGCUUAUCAAAGGUUAAGAGGACUGACUGGAACGUCUCCAACUCCCACCGGAAGAACAGUGAAUGGAUGGGGGGUUUGCACCGUAAUGUGCGGUGGAUUAUCAAGGACCACUUCACACGCCACACCCCCGUGUACAACACAGAUGUGAAGGGCUUCAAGUGGGGCGACCGUGGGCUGUAUGUUCACGAGUCAGGAUUUGAGGCCUUCCGGGGGAAGGCUGAGCUUGAUGCCGAAACGAAGGACCUGAAGGAGGAAGAAAAGGAGGUGUACGACUCGGAGGACAUGGAGGAGGAUAAGGAGGAGGAGGAUGAGGAGGAGGAGGAGGAGGAGGAGGAGGAGGAGGAGGAGGAGGAGGAGGAGGAGGAGGAGGAGGAGGAGGAGGAGGAGGAGGAUGACGAGGAGGAGGACGAGGAGGAGGAGGAGGAGGAGGAGGAGGAGGAGGACGAGGAACAGUGGGGGCAGGAGCGGAGGAAGAGGAAAAGGCACAAGAGACCUAGGGCAGGCGGGAGGGAUGAGGAAGAGGAUGAGAAACGGGGGGGGCAAGAGCUUAGGAAGGGCAGAAGGCACAAGGGAGGGAAAACCAGGGGAGGCAGGAGGGAAGCGGACGAGGAAGAGGAGAAGGAAGAGGAGCUGGGGGAUAAGAAACAGGGGGGGCAGGAGCGGAGGAAGGGCAGGAAGCACAAGAGAGGCAGAGGACAGGGAAGCAGGAGGGAAGAGGAAGUGGAGGAAGAUGAGGAAGAGGAGCAAGAGGAUGAGAAACAGGGGGGGCAGUCGCGGAGGAAGGGUAGAAAGCACAAGAGAGGCAGAGGCAAGGGAAGUUGGAGGGAAGUGGAAGAGGAGGAAGAGGAGGAAGAGGAGGAAGAGGAGGAAGAGGAUGAGGAUGAGGAUGAGAAGCAGGGGGGCCAGGAGCGGAGGAAGGGCAAAAGGCACGAAAAUGGCAAAAGAAGGGGAGGCAAGAGGGCCAAAUGA